AUUUAAUUCUCCAGUGCAUGGAUCGUAGAGAAGUGACUGCUUUACUCUUACUGGACUUGUCUAAAGCUUUUGAUAGCUUAGAUCAUUUCAUUCUGCUAAGAAAACUUUCGAAUAUUGGAAUCUCGAAGCCUGCGUUGUUUUGGUUUAAAAGCUAUUUGACAGGCAGGUGCCAAUCAGUACGUAUUGCGUCAGUGUUAUCUGAUGAAUGUGAAAUAACUCGCGGUGUUCCGCAGGGAUCGAUACUGGGUCCGGUGUUAUUUAAUGUAUAUAUCAACGACUUGCCUGGUGUACCCAAGGAGUCCAAUUUGGAGUCGUACGUGGAUGACUCAAAAAUAUAUUUAGCAUUCUCAAUCAGGGAUGCCGAGUUGGCAGCUAUGAAACUCACUGAAGACAUGAGAAGAAUUACCGCCUGGUGCUGUCUUAACAGUUUAUUGGUGAAUCCAGAAAAAACUAAGUUGCUUAUAUUAGGUACUAGGCAAAUGUUAGAACAGGUACCUGAAAAUUUUCAAAUAACUAUCCUUGGUGAGAAUAUUACUCCAGUUGCUGUUGCAAAGGAUUUAGGGAUGAUAUUGGACUCAUGUUUGAGCUACGACGAACAUAUCGCAAGCGUUGUUUCAUCUUGUAUCGCUGGAUUGGGCCAAAUUAGCAGAGUUAAACAUAUCUUUGACAGAAAAACAUUAAUUCUUAUUAUAAAUUCCCUGAUUUUUAGCAAAAUGUAUUACUGCUCUGCUGUUUGGUCUAAUACAUCCCAAAGAAAUAUCGAGAAACUUCAAGCGGUCCAGAACUUUGCUGCACGUAUUGUUACAGGAACAAGAAAAUACGAUCACGUGACUCCUGUUCUGCAACAACUGGGCUGGCUUCCAGUUAAAUACAUGUUAAAAUUAAGAGAAGCCAUUUUUGCUUUCAAAUGCUUGAAGGGGUUGGCACCAUUGUAUUUGCGUGAGAAGUUCCAUGUCAGGUCAGAUGUUCAUGGCGUUAACACAAGGCAAAAGAACAUUUUGGAUAUACCAAUGUACAGAUCAGCUGCGGGUCAACGAACAUUUCACUAUAGAGUUGUGUCCUUGUGGAAUUCUCUGCCUCAGUCUCUUAAAAACAUUGAUACUUUGACUCAUUUUAAAGUAGAAUACAAACGUAUGUUAUUAGAAGAAUUUUUAACUGUAAGUGGUGUUUAA